AUGAUCGCUUUUUCGUCAAUGUCCCAGAUUGCGAAGCUCGCGGGUCCGCUCCUUCUGUUACUCUGGUCACUAUGGUAUACAGGCCUAAACCGACAGCACAUCCAUGCCGUCACUCGAGUGUUCCGCAACCAAAGGGAGCUUUUUAUCAAAGACUUCCUCGAGCACGAGAUCGAUGGUCAAUUCAACGGCGCCGCCAUCGCGACUCUGUGUGCCAGCAAGGAAUGGACACCGGGGUUGUUGAUGAGCUGCGAUGAAGUUGCUGGGGGCGUUGGCGAGGUACGCAAUGCCCAUCUGCACUGCAUCCGCUUCUCAAUCGAGGCGGGAGCCGCGUUGGUAUUGCCUCGAAUCAUCUCUCGUUCUGAAGAUGACAUCAAAACCGUCAACGGGUUGACCGGUGUGCCUCUCGACUACUAUUUCGAUGUGGACCAUUUGCACCACGUGCUCACGACGUACUGCCCACAGAUGAAGGUGUACGAGUCACUGAACGACCUCUACGACGUCCCAGAGGCUUCGAAUGCUCUACAAUUCAACAUUGGGGAUACCAAUAACGACUGGGUGAACGGAACCGUGAUAGCUGCGCCAGAGACGUGGCAUCAUAGCUUCCACCGCUUCGUCAACGAGAAGGUGCCUGUCAAGGACAGGACAAACCCGUUCCGCGUCCAUUUGAAACGUACCCAAUGGACGUGGCAGGUAGCGGGGGACGGGCACUCGGUGGCAUCGUCUUUUGGGCGUAUGCUCCGCGUCCGCCCGGACGCUCGACGGCUUGCGGCGUCGGCGCUCUUCACCCUCGGAUCCCGCUUCGGGCUCAACCUCGACCCGCGCAGGCGGUAUCACCCAGAGAGCUUCGUGGGCAUCCACCUGCGCACGGAGGAGAAUGUUGACGACAAAUACCCGGACUACCCUUCGCAGGCUGCCCAUUACCUCGAUUUCAUAUUGGAGUCCGAAUCCAAGGUCGCGUUCCUCGCCACGGGCGCCACCAAGGACAACGUCACGGCCUUUGUCAGCCGCGCCAAGGACUUCAACACUACGGUCGUGACCAAGCUGGACAUACUGGACGAGGAUGAGCAAGCGGCUCUGGGGGAGCUCACCUGGGACCAACGAGGCCUGGUCGACUACGAGAUCAUGCUGCGGGCUGGACUGGUGGCAGGCGUGAGUGCGAGCGCGUUCGCGUGGAACUUAGCUCUGAGGCGGUCGUACGGCUUGGGGAAGGGCCCGCUCGGCACGGAACCAGAUUCUACCGGGCGAGUUGCGUGGCGUGAUGACUACACUACUUUGUAUGGGAAACAUGUGAACGCGUUCGCCUUGGCAGCAACGACAUGGCCUUGA